AUGGACUUUGUGACUGGGUUGCCAAGUACUCUGAAAGGAAAUGAUGGAAUUUGGGUGAUUGUUGAUAGGCUGACUAAAUCGGCUCACUUCAUACCGAUUAAGAUCAGUUUUCCAUUACAGAGAUUUGUAGAGAUUUACAUUGAGGAUGGUGAUCACAUUUUUCUAAGAGUCACUCCAGUGACUUGUGUUGGAAGAUCCCUGAAGUCUAAGAAGCUCACUCCUCUCUUUAUUGGACUGUAUCAGUUUACUUAUAGGAUUAGAGCAGUUACUUAUCGUGUGGCCUUACCCCCAUCUCUUUCGAACCUGCGUGAUGUUUUCCGUAUGUCGCAACUUUGGAAGUAUGUUACUGAUCCUUCGCACGUAAUCCAGAUUGACAAUGCACAAGUUUGUGACAACCUGACGGUUGAAGUAGCUUCUGUUUGGAUCGUCGAUUGA